CCGUUACAGUUUCACGUGAGAAAGACUCGGAAACAUUACAAAAUAUAAACAGGAGCAAAUUUUUCCCCUGGCAUCUCGACCGUUACAAUCCCACAAAUUUCAAGUUUUCACUUUUCACCUUUUUUUCACUCCCAUAGCCCACACAGUGAAAGAGCAGAAAAUCAAGAAGAAGAAGAAGAUGAAAGAAGUAGUAGAAGAAGUGCAAGAUAUUGAUGAGGAAGAAGCCAAGUUGCAGCAGUUGAGAUCCAAAGCCACAGAGCUCCUCCUAAGAGAAGAAUGGACAGAAGCCAUAGAUGCCUAUUCUCACUUCAUUUCUCUCUGCCAAGAACAAUUGCUGAAGCCCCAUCAUCAACAAUCCAAGCUGCAGAAAUCCCUCUGCUUAGCCCACUCAAAUCGAGCCGAAGCCCGGUUUCGCCUGAAAGAAUUCGCGGCUGCCCUGAAAGAUUGUGAUGAAGCGUUGAAAAUUGAGUGUGCCCAUUUGAAGACUCUGCUCUGCAAAGGUAAAAUUUUGUUCGAUCUCAAUCGAUAUGGGUCGGCUCUGGAAUGCUUUAGGGCGGCUAAUCUUGAUACUCAGGAAAGUUUCAAUUUUAAGACUUUAAAUGAGUAUUUAGAUAGAUGUAAGAAGCUUGAGCUUCUUUCAAAGACUGGAUCUUUUGAUCUCUCUGAUUGGAUUCUUGGUGGGUUUCGUGGGAAAAUGCCGGAACUCGCCGAGUACAUUGGUGGGGUGGAAAUCAAGAAGUCUGAAAUCAGCGGCAAGGGUUUAUUUGCAACUAAGAAUGUAGAAUGUGGAACUUUGUUGCUGGUGACAAAGGCAAUUGCUACAGAGAGAGGCAUUUUGCCCCAAGAUGAUUCAAGCCAAAAUGCCCAAAUGGUGAUGUGGAAGAAUUUAGUGGAUAAAGUGGUUGAAUCAGCUAGAAAGUGCAGCAGAACCCGUGGUUUGAUUUCUAUGUUAUCAGAUGGUGAAGAAGGAAAUGAUGAUAUGGAUGUUGUUCCUGAGAUAGACUUAUUCAGGCCUGAAGCAGAGGAAGAAAGAUUUUCCUCACGAGAUCUUGAUGUGGAUAAUAUACUAAGUAUACUGGACGUGAAUUCCCUUGUGGAGGGAUCAAUUUCGUCCAAAGUAUUAGGUAAGAACAGUUAUUAUCAUGGAGUUGGGCUUUGGUUGCUAGCUUCUUUAGUCAAUCAUUCUUGUGAGCCUAAUGUGAGGCGUUUGCACAUUGGAGAUCAUGUAGCAAUUCAUGCAUCUAGAGAUGUAAAAGCUGGUGAAGAGCUCACAUUUGCAUACUUUGAUGUGCUCCAGCCAUUUAGCACCAGGGAAGAAAUGUCUAAAAAUUGGGGCUUUAUCUGUAACUGCAGGAGAUGCAAAUAUGAAAAAACACUCAGCCAUAACCAAGAAAUGGCAGAACUUGAGAUGGUAAUAGGCAAAGGGCUUGACAUGGGAAGUGUUGUGUAUAGAUUGGAGGAAUGCAUGAAGAGAGUAAUGGUGAGGGGAAAAGGCAAAGGCUACAUCAGGGCUUCAUUUUGGGGUGCUUAUGAAGAAGCAUCUGGAUCAGAGAAAGUGAUGAGGAAAUGGGGAAGAAGGAUUCCAGCAAUUGGGACAGUAGUUGAGAGUGUUGUGGAUGCAAUAGGAAGUGAAGAAAGGAUUGUGAAGCUGCUGAUGGCAGGAUUGAAGAAAAAUGGUAAUGUUGCUGCCUUGGGUGGUUGUGGAUCAGUGGAAAUGGAGAAAGCAAUGAAGCUAGGGAGAGGGAUUUAUGGGAAGAUUAUGAAAAGACAAGCUCUGAAGAAUCUGCUUCAGCAAUUUAUUAUUCAUGAAGAAAUCUAGAUUUUGAUUUUUUGGGAGCCUUUUAAAAUCGUUUGCAAUUCUUUUCAUGGCUUUGUGUUCAAGUUCUCUUGAUCACCGACAUUACAAAUUCUCACCUAUUGUAGACUUCCUGAUGAAUUUACACUACUCUGUAUUUGGGCUAUAAUGUAAAAGAAGCACCUAUAUCUUUUUCUUUAUAAAGGCCUGGUCUAGUCCAUUAGCUGGGCCAAGAGGAAAUAAAGUUUGAAUCUCUG